GAGAACAAUCGUUUUAUUGUCAAACAUGUCCUUACAUAUUUCCAAUUGGAGGUAGAGGUGGCAAAUCUCUUCGCAAAGAAGUUGACGAUGUUUUAGGUGGAGAAGAGGGCUGGAAAAAUGUUGAUUCAACCGAAGCGAGAUGUCCAAAAUGCGAACAUCCUCGUGCAUACUUUAUGCAAAUACAAACACGUUCAGCAGAUGAACCUAUGUCAAUUUUUUAUAAAUGUUGUAAUCACGAUUGUCAACAUCAAUGGAAUGAGAAAUAA